GGUGCUCCCAACCCAGAAAACUGAUGCCAUUUCGUUAUGUGUUCCCGCACUUUUUCAUUUCAUUCUCCGUUGCAUUUUCAUUCCUCGAUCAAUAUCAUCAUUAGCUGUAAUGAUUCAAUUUGGGCUUUUCGUAAAUAUUAAACGCGAGAAUUCUGAUUUUUAUGAAUUCAUGGUACAUAUUUUGGUCUGGAAUUGCUUUCGUUUGGAUUUCUGAUUUGGAGGCGGGUUUAGAACCGUUUCUCUGGCGGCAUUCGAUUCGUCGUAUUCUGUGUUGUUGAUUUAGAAUUGGAAGGAUUUUUUAUUUUUUUUUUCAUAAUUUUCCGAGAAAAAUGGUGUGCGUUACGCCUUCCAUGAAGGUUCGGAGCUCGCUGGAAGAAAUGCUGGACGCUCUCCGGCAUAGGCCGGGGAAUGAGGAUCCAAACCACUCGCUUCCGGAGCUGCCGACGAGGCCGCGGGCUAAGGCCAGAACUAGGCUACCAUCUGUCAAAAGACUGUUGCCAAAAAAAUUUAAUGAUCCUGAUGUUGAAGUGGAGAGCUUAUUGAACAGUGAUUCGGCGAAAGAAGAGGUUAAAUCGUUCAGAGGGAAUAGUUUUGGGGCUACAAAGGAAAUGGAGCCCAGCGAAUCGCCUUAUCUCAUAUCAGCCCAAGGGAAGGACUCUACACGGACAUCGGAGCAGCGAGAUGAUGAAGCGAAGCUUGCCGGUUCAUCUCAGAGCUUGCACCCGAGGUUUCACGAGUCUGAAUGGAACGAUCACAUUGGUUAUCUCAUUAAGAAGAAACUUCGUAUUUGGUGUCGCCUACAUAAUGGGCAGUGGGAAUCAGGACAGAUACAAUCAACUUCAGGAGAGAAAUCUGCAGUUUUGCUUUCAGAUGAAAGUGUUGUGGCAGUGCCCACAGCAGACCUCUUACCUGCAAAUCCAGAUAUUCUUGAGGGAGUUGAUGAUCUCAUACAACUUAGUUAUCUGAAUGAGCCAUCAGUUCUUAACAACUUGCAAAGCAGAUAUUCUCGCGAAGCAAUAUAUACUAAGGCUGGUCCAGUUUUAAUAGCAGUCAAUCCCUUCAAAGAUGUCCAAGUGUAUGGGAAUGAAUUUGUCACAGCAUACAGGAAGAAGCUGAUGGAUAGUCCUCAUGUCUAUGCUAUUGCUGACACAGCCUACAAUGAAAUGAUGGAAGGAGGAAAAAACCAGUCCAUCAUCAUCAGUGGAGAAAGUGGAUCUGGAAAGACAGAAACAGCAAAAAUUGCCAUGGAAUACUUGGCUGCUCUUGGUGGAGGAAGCAAUGGGAUAGAGUAUGAAGUACUGCAUACAAGCUGUAUAUUAGAGGCCUUCGGAAAUGCAAAAACAUCUAGAAAUGACAACUCCAGUCGCUUUGGUAAAUUGACUGAGAUUCAUUUUAGUGCAACAGGAAAAAUAUGUGGUGCUAAAUUACAAACUUUUCUUCUUGAAAAGUCAAGAGUGGUUCAGCUGGCCCGGGGAGAGAGGUCAUACCAUAUCUUUUACCAGCUUUGUGCUGGUGCUCCGUCUGGUCUCAGAGAUAAAUUGAAGUUAAAAGAUGCAUCUGAGUUCAACUAUCUCAAUCAAAGUGACUGCUUGGUUAUAAGUGGUGUUGAUGAUGCUAAUGAGUUUCCUAUGCUCAUGGAAGCCCUAAACAGUGUCAAGAUUUGUGAAAGAGAUCAAAUGCAUGCUUUUGAGUUGAUUGCCGCAGUGUUAUGGCUGGGAAACAUUUCAUUUGAAGUGAUUGACAGUGAAAACCAUGUUGAGCCUGUGGCUAAUGAAGCUGUUACCAAUGCAGCUAGCUUGAUAGGGUGCAGUCCCCAUGACCUCAUGCUAGCUUUAUCAACACGUAGAAUACAAGCAGGCAAGGAUGAGGUUUCCAAAAAAUUAACAAUCCAGCAGGCAAUUGAUACAAGAGAUGCAUUGGCGAAAUUUGUAUAUGCAAGCUUGUUUGACUGGGUUGUAGAUAAGAUAAAUACAUCGCUUGCAAUGGGAAAGCAACAUACUGGUAGAUCCAUAAAUAUUCUAGACAUUUAUGGUUUUGAAUCAUUUAAGAAUAAUGGUUUUGAACAGUUUUGCAUAAACUAUGCAAAUGAGAGGCUUCAACAGCAUUUUAAUCGUCAUCUAUUCAAACUUGAGCAAGAGGAAUAUGAGUUGGAUGGAAUUGACUGGAGAAAAGUUGAAUUUGAAGACAACCAAGCCUGUUUAGAUCUCAUUGAGCAGAAACCGAUUGGGCUUAUAGCUUUGCUGGAUGAAGAGUCAAAUUUCCCUAAAGCUACUGAUUUAACCUUUACCAAUAAACUUAAGGAGCACUUGAAAACAAAUCAGUGCUUAAAAGGAGAACGGGGAGGAGCAUUCAGUAUUCGGCAUUAUGCUGGCGAGGUUCUCUAUAGUGCCAGCGGUUUCUUGGAAAAGAACAGAGAUCUUCUGCAUUCUGAUAUCGUUCGGCUACUCUCAUCAUGCAGUUCCCAACUACUUCAGUUGUUUAUCAGUUCUGUGCUUAAUCAAUCUCAGAAAUCAAGUCCAACAACAAAGCUUGCUGUGUCAGAUGUUCGGAAACAAAGUGUUGCUAAAAAUUUUAAGUGUCAGUUGUUCCAAUUAAUGGAGCAGUUGGAAAACACUACACCACACUUCAUUCGUUGCAUAAAGUCAAAUACUAAGAAGAUUCCUGGGGUGUUUGAGAAAGAUCUUGUCCUACAGCAACUUCAAUGCUGUGGGAUUCUAGAAGUUGUGAGGAUCUCAAGAGCUGGCUAUCCUACUAGGAUUACACAUCAAGAUUUCACAGGAAGAUAUGGCUUCCUCCUUUCGGAAAAUAAUGUGUCCAGAGAUCCUUUAAGUGCAUCAGUUGCCAUUCUGCAGAAAUUCAAUAUCCAUCCUGAAAUGUACCAAGUUGGGUACACCAAAUUAUAUCUCCGAGCAGGACAACUUGCUGCAUUGGAGAACAUGAGAAAACAAGUUCUCCAAGGUACUCUUGAGGUGCAAAAAUGCUUUCGUGCACAUCGUGUUCGUCGUUGCUUCCAUGAACUCAAAGGAAGUGUAAUGGCACUUCAAUCUUUUGUUCGUGGUGAAAUUGGUCGAAAGCGGUAUGAUGCUUUGAUAAAGUCAAAGGAGGAAGUGGAACGCAAAAAACUUGAUGAAGAGUUGAUGGCCGCUGUACACAUACAAUCAGCAAUGCGUGCAUUCUUGUCUCGAAGACAUUUUAUUAGCCUGCAGAAUUUGAAAAAGUCAAUUCUCAAGGAGCAAAAUGCAAGCAGAAAGAUUUCAGGAGUGAAGGAUACACCUUCAGAAGUUCCACCUUCUAUUCUGGAAGAACUUGAAAAACGGGUUUUAAAGGCUGAGACAACCAUUGGGGAGAAGGAAAAAGAAAAUGCAGCUUCUGUUCUGGAAGAACUUGAAAAACGGGUUAUAAAGGCUGAGACAACCAUUGGGGAGAAGGAAAAAGAAAAUGCAGCUUUGAAACAACAAGUGAAAGAAUUUGAGAUGCGAUUAUCAGAAUAUGAGGCCAAGAUGAACUCUAUGGAGAUAUGGCAAAAGCAAAUGGCAACUUUGCAGGCAAAGCUUGCUCUAGCUAAGUGUCUUAGUGUUGGUAGCACUCUUGGUCCCUCAUCUACUCACUCUUUUAACUCUACAACUACAAGCACACCUAUGGGAACUUCCAGUCCUGCAGGAAGCGCUUCAAUGAAAUCGAGUAACUAUGAUUCCGAUGCUGAAUCUAUACGAGACUGUGGUCUUAUUGCAGUUAGUCACAUUGUAAAUGAGUUUGAACUAAAGAAACAAAAAUUUGAAGAUGAUGCUGCAAAUAUUGUUCAGCUGAAGGCAAGGCAGCCACACUCUUCUUCUCCCGAAGCAGAGCUCAAAAGACUGAAAGCCCAGUUUACUGCAUGGAAGCAAGAUUACAAAGUUCGAUUAAGGGACGCAAGGGCAAAUCUGCACAAGCUUGAUCAUUCAAAAGAUAGGCGUCAAAAAACAUGGUGGGGAAAGGAUCAAUUAGUAACAGCUUUAAGUAACCCUUCUCGCAUUUUAGGAAUGAAAUGGUAUAGAUGAACUAAUUUGCCAAAUACAGGUCCAUAUGUAAUUAAUUAUAUGAUGCUUACUCUUAGGAAGGUGUACUAGGAAGCCACUGUGGUUGCGUCGAUAUAUUCACUGCUUUCUUUAGUAAUUGGAUGCUGAUAUCCAUGUACAGUUUGUAUUAGAUGGGAACACAUUAUAUAUAUUUUAGUCGUCAGAAAAUAAUAUCAAUUGGUUAUUUAGGAAGCUUAUAAUUUCAUGUUAUUUGCACUUGAAAUAAAAUUGUUGGGAGUACAAUUUGCAGAAAGGUUUA